AAGAUUCUUUUCUUUGUUACUCCAUUGCGGUUUCUCUUCCUUCUUCAAUUUCCCGAAAGCCUCCAUUGCCGUAUCUUGAAAUUUCAAGUAUUCGACUUCGCCUCCAAUCAAUCGAUUUCGAAAUGGUUACUGAAUUCUAGGGGGAACGAAUUUUCCUUGAAGAUGAACGAUCGCAUCAACAGUAGCAACAACGUGAUUAACACCACUAAUUCUACUACUCCUCAAGAUCUCGGAUUGCAGUUCUUGGAAAUGGUUCGAUUUGGGCUAUGCGACACGGACGACGACGACGAGUCUCCCACUGAGCUCAAUACCAUCAACAGUUCCGGAGGUUUCUUGUUCGUUGCCACCGAUAAGCUUUCUAUUAAGUAUACGAAUGUGAAUCUUCACGACCACGAUGUUGGUGUCAUCCAAGCUAAUAAGCCAGCUCCUGUUAAACGACUUGUCUACUACUUCGAGAUUCAUGUAAAAAACGCUGGGGCUAAAGGCCAGAUUGCCAUCGGCUUCACCACCGAUAGGUUCAAGGUGCGGAGGCAGCCCGGGUGGGAACCUAAUAGCUGUGGAUAUCAUGGAGAUGACGGACUACUUUAUCGUGGAGUGGGUAAGAAAGAACCUUUUGGUCCAACAUAUACAUCUGAUGAUACGGUUGGUGCUGGAAUUAAUUACGCCUCAGGGGAACUCUUUUUCACAAAAAAUGGGAUAGUUGUUGGAGCAGUAGAAAAGGACAUAAAGGGUCCCUUGUUUCCUACGAUUGCUGUUCACAGCCAAAACGAAGAGGUGCAAGUCAACUUUGGACAGAAACCGUUUGCGUUUGAUCUCAAGGUAUUGGAAGCCCAAGAGAGGAUGAAGCAACAAGCCACCGUUGAGAAGUUAUCUUUGCCAUCAAAUGUCAGUUAUAGAAUAGUGCGCUCAUACUUGGAACAUUAUGGUUAUGAGGAUACGCUCCGUGCAUUUGAUAUGGCCUGCGAAAGCACUGUUCCUCCUAUAUGUAUAACUCAGGAAACUGCCUCUGAUAACAUGUAUGCUCUGAACCAGAGAAGGACUUUAAGGCAGCUUAUCAGGAAGGGGGAAAUUGAUGCUGCACUUGGAAAGCUCAAUGAGUGGUAUCCGCAGAUUGUACAGGAUGAAAAAUCAGCUACUUCCUUGCUCCUUCAUUGUCAAAAAUUCAUUGAAUUAGUCAGGGUUGGAGCGCUAAAGGAAGCUGUUAAGUUUGGAAGGAAUCAUUUAGCAAAGUUUUAUGAUCUGCCUGGGUUUCAGGAUCUUGUUCAGGACACUGUUGCUUUACUGGCAUAUGAACGACCACAAGAGUCCCCUGUUGGUUAUCUUCUCGAGGAUAAACAGCGUGAAAUUUUAGCCGACGCGGUGAACGCCAUGGUCUUGUCAACUAAUCCCAAUGUGAAAGAUUUACAAAGUUGCUUGCAUCCAUAUCUCGAACGGCUACUCAGACAACUAACUGCUUGCUGCUUGGUAAGAAGGUCUUUCAAUGGGGAUGAAGGUGAAGCUUUUCAACUGGACAGAGUGUUUGACAGCAGUAAAAAUGUAAGUGCUAAUGCCUAGAACACAUCCUGUUGUAUGCCUCAUUAAACUUUCCCCCAUUGUGUCUGUGACUGCAAAUACUCCAUAUCUAAUAAGGGGAUCCAGUGGUGUAUCAUUUCUUUAGGAAAUUGAAGUUCUCUCUGUGCAUACCUUGUAAAUUCGGGACUCUGCUUCGUAUGAAAUUUGUAUCAUCUAUAGGUUUUACUGAAAUUCUUAUAAUGCACAUUUACUGCACUUUGUUACAAAUCAAACAAUUGCGAAGAGAUUAGUGGAAAAGUAGACAAUGAUGCUGUCAUCUCUUAUUUGUGCAUAAAGCCCUCGAAUUAUUCACAGUGAAUCAAAGAACAGUGAUAUUUUUACA